CUUAAUAUCGGCUCGACUCGUCGUCUUUGCGCAAUUAUAUCCAUGUUCGCAAUUUUUGGAGUAAGUCGUAGCCCUCUUGCUCCGGCAGAUCGAUAAUACAGCCAGUAGUCUAAUACGAGAGUGAAAUCCGUUGUCGCGUUGUCGUGCGCGGAUGUAUCAUUUUUAGAAUGGGGCGUAUUUAUUGAUGAAUUGAUAUCACAGACUAUAUUCUAGUGUAAAAGCUGUUCAACAUAUCCACCAAAAUGAUUGGUGGUUUGUUUGUCUACAAUCACAAGGGAGAAGUCCUUAUUUCUCGAGUGUAUCGUGAUGACAUUGGCAGGAAUGCAGUGGAUGCAUUUCGUGUCAAUGUCAUUCAUGCUAGACAGCAGGUACGUUCACCGGUGACUAACAUCGCUAGGACUUCAUUUUUCCACAUCAAAAGGGCCAAUAUUUGGCUAGCUGCAGUUACCAAGCAGAAUGUCAAUGCUGCAAUGGUAUUUGAAUUUCUCCACAAGAUCAUUGAUGUAAUGCAGUCUUACUUUGGCAAAGUUUCAGAGGAAAAUAUCAAAAAUAACUUUGUUUUGAUUUAUGAGCUUCUUGAUGAAAUACUUGACUUCGGUUAUCCACAGAACUGCGAUACAGGAGUUUUAAAAAUGUUUAUCACACAACAAGGUGUAAAGUCUGGUACAAAGGAGGAGCAAGCACAAAUAACAUCACAAGUAACUGGACAAAUUGGAUGGAGAAGGGAGGGUAUCAAGUACAGGCGCAAUGAGCUCUUCCUUGAUGUACUAGAGUAUGUUAAUUUAUUGAUGAGCCCUCAAGGACAAGUUCUUAGUGCUCAUGUUGCUGGAAAGGUGGUAAUGAAGUCCUACUUGUCUGGUAUGCCUGAAUGUAAAUUUGGGAUCAAUGAUAAAAUUGUCAUGGAGGCAAAAGGUAUGAAAGGUGGUGGAGGCUUAGGAACUGUAGGAGGUGAUGAUCCUACUGGGGCUAGAUCUGGAAAACCUGUUGUUGUCAUCGAUGAUUGCCAAUUCCAUCAGUGUGUCAAACUGUCUAAAUUUGAAACAGAACAUUCCAUUAGUUUUAUACCGCCCGAUGGAGAAUUUGAGUUGAUGAGGUACCGCACAACAAAAGAUAUUUCAUUACCGUUCCGCGUGAUUCCGCUGGUUCGAGAGGUCGGUCGCACUAAAAUGGAAGUCAAAGCCGUGCUGAAGUCAAACUUCAAACCAUCUCUUCUAGGCCAGAAGAUCGAAGUUCGUGUCCCAACGCCGCUGAACACAGCUGGAGUGCAACUGAUAUGCUUGAAGGGUAAAGCGAAAUACAAGGCCUCUGAAAAUGCAAUUGUAUGGAAGAUUAAACGUAUGGCUGGUAUGAAGGAGACUCAACUGUCUGCCGAAAUUGACUUGUUGGAAACUGAUACUAAAAAGAAAUGGACGCGUCCUCCGAUUUCAAUGAACUUUGAAGUACCUUUUGCACCUUCAGGUUUCAAAGUUCGUUAUUUAAAAGUCUUCGAAUCGAAGCUAAAUUACUCUGAUCACGAUGUCAUUAAAUGGGUCAGAUAUAUAGGCCGAAGUGGUCUCUACGAGACAAGAUGCUAAGAUACUCCGAUUAAUUUGUUAAUAGUAAAUGAGUAAUCUCAGUAAUUUCAGAGUUAUGAUUUUGUUAUCGUUUUUAUGCUGCAAACUAACGUAAAGUCACCCGGAAUUAUUGUAUCUUAAUCAGCAGAAAAAGAAUAACCGCUUAACAUUGAUGCCAUAAAAGAUAUAGCACACUUGUCUUUCGACAGUUUGAGCUUUGUUUGCAGGUAAUAACGUUACUAAAAACAAAAGAAGUAUAUAGCUUUCUUGAAGAUUAAUUGGAGCCAAGCCAACUUAGUAUUGAAAAUGUUACCUCGGUAGUUUUUGUGUUGAUAAUAUUUUUCAAUCAUUGAGUGUGAAAAAGAAAGCUGAGUAGAUUUUUCAAUACAAGGGUGUCUGGUAAGUGUGACUCUUGUGUAAAGUGGAGGAUGAGUCUCUUGUCUCUUAAGCAUCAUUGUUCGGCCCAUUGUUGAUCAUAUAAUUGACAUCGCUCCGUUCAUUGACAUAAAUUUCAUUAAAAUUGCGUGACUAUGUAGACGAUUACGAGUACCAAACGUACAUACACAAACAAGUAUCAAACAUUGUUUUAAGAAUAUGUCGUUAAUGAGUAAUAUACUUUGUUCGAAUUUUAUCGAGUAAAACAGAUUUGUGGCUUUUGUCUGUAUAUCUCAAAGUCAUUAUAAUGUAUGUUGAAAUACAUGUGCAAAUGAUACAAAGAUCUUAUUUAUUCGCAAUUGAGUAUUAUAGCAAAUCCUUUAAGAUUAUGAGUAUAAAUAAUAAUUUUAAAACGAUUUUUAGAAAGAAUCAUGAAAGAUAUUAAAUAUUAAGGAAUUGAAUGAAUUUAAGACAAUUAAUACAUAUUGAUCAAAUAAUAAUCAUGAAAUUCAUUGCAAUCAUUGAAUAUAUUAGCUUGAUCAUGAAUUGGGAUUACAUAUCUGGUAGUA